AUGUCGGCCUCGCUACGCGCUCUGCGGCUUGCCGACGUGGGCAUACUAGAACUUCUACGAGACGACGACCGCCCAACCUUUGUCUUAGGACCAACUACGGAAGACGAGACUCAUCAGUGGCACAAUGUCGUCUUUACAAACACUGCCCUCGACGCGUUCUUGGCCAGCCAGUCUCCACCGGAUACGUUCAGAACCUGGUCUGCGUCUCUGGUCGAUCGGUCGAAAAAGGACGAGAAUGUAUCGAUCUACUCAGGAAGAGCAUGGAAACGUACGCUGGUCGGCGGCAAAUGGUGGGUGGUAUAUUGUGCACAGGUAGUCGAUGCAGGAAUCACUGAUGAGCCUGCGCAAAUUGAGCCACUGCCCCAACGCGGCCGCACGAGCAUGCAGAAGGCACCAGAAUGGACCAUACUGACACCGCCCCCAACCGAGUCCGCCAAGCUCCUAGACUGGACCAAGUUCGAUAUACCGGGUCUCUCUCCUCAUAUCCAGUUUAUCAAAAACUUCGAUUGGUCCUCCACGCCAAUAGGACCAAUCAAGAAUUGGCCAGGUCGUCUGAGCUCAAUGGUCCUCAGCAUAUGUACCAACCCUGACCCUCGUAUCAUAGUCUGGGGGGAGCAGCUCAGCAUGAUAUACAACGAGCCCUGUGCUCGUAUUCUUGCGGAGAGACAUCCUUAUGCCAUGGGAAAGAGUUGCGCCGAAGUCCAUACUGAGAUCUGGCCUCAGAUGUCGAAGUUGUUCCAGCCCGCCCUGACAGAAGGGAAGGCUAUCAAGUCAACGAAAGAGCUGUCCUUCCAGGAAAGGAAUGGCGUUCUCGAGGAGACCUACUGGAACUUCAUUAUCUUCCCGAUCAUCGGCGCCGAAGGAUAUGCUCUUGGCGCGAUCGAUUCACUGGUCGAACUGACACGUCACGUCAUCAACCAGCGCAGAGGAGACGUGGUAGAGAAGCUCAAAGAGCAGGUCGCUACAUGUACCACGUUAUCGGAGAUUUGGCAACAAUGCCUGAGCUCCUUCGAGCCAUAUCCGGAAGACGUGCCUUUUGCACUGAUAUACUCCAACGAAGAAGACAGCACGUCGUCAGUAUCAAGCUCGUGGGCAAAUUCCUUGAGGCAGUAUCAACUACAUGGCUCCAUGGGUAUCGACCAGAACAACGCCGCCAUUCCUACGACCUUUGACUUGACAGACAGGAAGUCCGUAUAUGGCCUGGCCAGAGCUUGCCGUGAGGCGACCGUCACGAGGAAGACUGUGAUUCUACGUCGUCAUGAUAACACACUGCCUGCUGAUCUCGCCACUGCGAUACCUGGUCGAGGUUGGGACGACCCUAUCGAAGCGGUUUGCGUGAUGCCAGUCGAGAUCAAUGCUGCGGGCGCACUCGCCUUCUUCGUUAUCGGUUUGAAUCCUCGACGACCUUUCAACGAAGAUUCUUUACAAUUUGCACACAACCUACGGGAUGUGCUGACAAAGGCAAGUUCGCUGCUGAACCAAGCAAGAUUCGAAGAGAUUCACGACAGUCUUUCAACACAACUGAAGAUCAGCACACUCGCGGCAGCGCGCAAUGAGGAACGGUUCACUCGAAUGGCUCAAUCAGCACCGAUCGGUAUUUGCACCUUCCGUCCAGAUGGUAAACCCGUCUAUUGCAACGACGAGUACCUGAAGUUGAUUGGUGUGCCGCGAGAAUUCGACUGGCAGAAGCUGUGGGAUAAAAAGGCGACAUGGCGACAGAACGUCCACCCCGACGAUAUUCCAGCCAUCGAGCUGGUCUGGAAAGAUUUGUUGGAGCAGAAAAAAACUUCCGCCAUUGUAGAGUAUAGGGCUCUGAGACCUUGGCGCUCUGUCGACAGGGCUACUGGAAGUGAGCUUACUGGAGAGACAUGGCUCAUGAACAACGUAGUGACAGAGCAGGACGAGAAUGGUGGUUUGCUCUUCAUUCAUGCCUGGCUACAUGACACAUCCUUCCGCCACUACACGGAGACUCUUCUAUCAAGUCGACUUCAGGAGGCGUUGGAGACAAAACGCGCCUCAGAAAACUUCAUCGACAUGGUGUCUCACGAGUUGAGAAAUCCACUGAGCGCUAUUCUUCAGUCUGCAGAUGGUAUCAUCACAACGCUCGAUGACGAAGGACCACGCCGGAAGGGCGACACCGAGAUGCUCGAUGGCAUCCUUGACUCUGCACAAACGAUCAUCCUCUGCGCCUCACACCAGAAGUGCAUAGUCGAUGACAUAUUGUGUCUAUCGAAGCUUGACUCAAACUUGCUGGUCAUAACUCCUGAUAAAGUCUCACCUCCACAACUUGUAGGCAGAGUGCUUAAGAUGUACGAGGCUGAGCUUGCAAGGGCUUCGGUCAAGGCCGAGUUAGAGAUUGAGACGAGCUAUUACGACAUUAUGAACUCUUGCGAAUAUAUUAUGCUGGAUCCAAGCCGCUUGCUACAGGUAGUCAUCAACCUUCUCACCAACGCCAUCAAGUUCACCCAGUUCUCUGACAAACGCGGCCUGACAAUCUACCUUGGCGCUUCAUAUGUCAAGCCGACGGGAUCUCGUCACAAGCUUGCGUUUAUCCAGCCACGCACGAUAAGACAUGAGAAUUCGACUUCUUUGUCCGCAGAGUGGGGUCAAGGUAAGGACAUCUAUCUCCAGAUUGCCGUGCAGGAUACUGGCAGAGGUCUCAGUGAUGAGGAGAUGAGUCUGUUAUUCCAGCGCUUCUCUCAAGCCAGUCCCAAGACGUACAAGCAAUAUGGCGGUAGUGGUUUGGGCUUGUUCAUCAGUCGAGAACUGUGUGAGCUGCAGGGAGGCCAGAUUGGUGUCAGUAGCCCUGGUCUUGGUCAUGGCACCACAUUCGCCUUUUAUGUACGUGCUCGCCGGUGCCCGCGAGACGUCACAUCUACCCCCGAGUCACCUGUCGCUCUUCAGCAUGUUUGGAAUACGCCAGUCACUGGUUCCACAGCUAUGCCCCAAGAUGUGGGACUAGACAAUGCAGCCAACUCACGUCCUGCCAAGCCGACGCGGGCGUUGUCAUACACAAGACUCCAGUCUCCAUCCAAACGAGAUGUUCUGGAGAGGUCACUGCACGUUCUUGUCGUAGAGGAUAAUCUGAUUAAUCAACGAGUCAUGUCGCAACAGCUCCGGAAGCAGGGUUGCAUUGUUCACAUUGCCAAUCAUGGAUUAGAAGCACUAACCUUCCUCGCGACUUCCGUCUUCUCUUCCUCCCCCAAAGACGCACCAGUCGCUCUGGACGUGGUUCUCAUGGAUCAAGAGAUGCCUGUCAUGGAUGGCAUAACAUGUGUCCGAGAAAUCAGAGCUCGCGAAGUUGUAAAAGAGUUCGUCGGACACAUCCCAGUCAUUGCCGUGACAGCAAAUGCGAGGAGUGAGCAGAUUGCAGUCAUGAUGCAGGCUGGCAUGGACUCCGUAGUCACCAAGCCCUUCCGUAUCCCGGAGCUGGUUCCCCAGAUGCGGAAAUUGGUUGCAAGGACGAACUCUGCCCUUCACCCGAGCGACAAGGACGAUCAAGUGGAAGCGAGACCAUCGCUAUCACCUGAGCCACGGGACUCUGGCAAUGCAGUCAUGCAUCCUCUCUCAGGGUCUAUGCAGACUGCCCCCAGCUUGGAUAAAGCCUAA